GGCAGUAUCGGCUGGAGUAUGCAAAGCGAGCAGCGGUCCGUGUAGAGGCGUUCGUGUGUUUCAGGACAUUUACACAGUUUUUAAUAGUUUACAGUGUGGAUAAUGUGCACGGGUAAACUCGGUUCACUCUGAAACAGGUGUCUGCCUCUGGCGUUUCUGUAUUCUGCGUGUGUGUGUGUGUGUGUGCGCGCGUGUGUGUGUGAAACAUAAGGCGUGUGUGUGAAGCUCAGAGCUGCUGCAGCGAAGACGCGGUGUAUUGUCAUACACAGAGCAACGGCGACAAGAAGCUGAAGAAUAACGCCUAACAACGGUGCUCUUACAUGAUGCAUACAGUUUAUUGAUGACCAUGAUGGCCAGCAUGGUGGAAGACCGUAUCUUGUUAUAAGCGCUGGACUUGUAUGAAUGCGUGGGCUUUGAGGUGGCUGAUCAAAGUGUGCGCCGAGGCAAGCAGUGGGUCGAAGCGCAGCUAGUGAAGAGGGCAUAGUGAGUGCUCACACAGGGGGAUGGAAGCAGUGGACCAGCCCAGUCUACCUCCCUGAUGCUCUGGGUGUGGUGGAUAUCCGUUGGGAGAUGAAUUGGCUCCCGUGUUUGCCUCACCCAUCCUGCCAGUCUCGCAACGCUGCAUUUUGUGAAUGAAGGAUGGGACUCAAAGUGGAUUUAUCGGUACCUGCGUUUGGUUUCUGCUGCAGGGGGAUGGGGCUGCUGUGGACGCUGCUGGUGUCUGCUCUGUUCGCCUGUAGCUCUGCUAUUCUCAUGGACACUGUGGAAAGCCACAGCACGUUCACCUGUGAGCCCAUAGGGCUCCGAAUGUGUCAGGAUCUCCCCUAUAACACCACCUUCAUGCCCAACCUUCUCAACCACUAUGACCAACAGACAGCCGCUCUCGCCAUGGAGCUCUUUCACCCCAUGGUGAACCUACAGUGUUCUCCAGACCUGAGGCCUUUCCUGUGUGCGCUCUACGCCCCCGUGUGUACGGAGUAUGGCCGCAUGUCCCUGCCCUGCCGCAGCCUGUGUAUCCACUCGAAGAGGGACUGUCACAAGCUAAUGGAUAUGUUCGGUGUGUCGUGGCCUGAGGAGAUGGAGUGCAACAGGUUCCCGGACUGUGAUGAGCCGUACCCCCGUGCUGUAGACAUGCUGACCGCUCUGAACACCUCGGACGAGUUGCCUAUGACUGUGCAGAGAGACUAUGGUUUCUGGUGUCCUCGUGAGUUGAAGAUUGAGCCUGAGCUGGGUUACACGUUCCUGGGUGUGCGUGACUGCUCUCCUCCUUGCCCUAACAUGUAUUUCAGACGAGAAGAGCUCACCUUUGUCCGCUACUUCAUUGGCGUCAUCUCCAUCGUCUGCUUGUCCGCCACACUCUUCACGUUUCUUACGUUCCUCAUCGAUGUCACGCGCUUCCGCUACCCGGAGAGGCCCAUCAUCUUCUACGCUGUGUGCUACAUGAUGGUGUCGCUGGUCUUUUUCCUGGGCUUUCUGCUGGAGGAGCGUGUGGCAUGUAACUCGGCUAACCCGGCCCAGUUCAAAGCCUCUACUGUGACGCAGGGCUCCCAUAACAAAGCAUGCACUCUGCUCUUCAUGGUGCUCUACUUCUUCACCAUGGCUGGAAGCGUGUGGUGGGUGAUCCUCACAAUCACCUGGUUCCUGGCUGCUGUGCCCAAGUGGGGCAGUGAGGCCAUUGAAAAGAAAGCCCUGCUGUUCCAUGCCAGUGCCUGGGGCGUACCUGGUGUGCUGACUGUAGCGCUGCUGGCCAUGAAUAAGAUCGAGGGGGAUAAUAUCAGCGGCGUGUGCUUUGUAGGAUUGUAUGAUGUGCACACUCUGCGCUGGUUCGUGCUGGCUCCUCUGUGCCUGGACGUGCUGGUCGGCGUGUCUCUGCUCCUUGCUGGAAUCGUGGCCCUAAACCGCAUCCGCAUGGAGAUCCCUCUAGAGAAAGAGAACCAGGACAAGCUGGUGAAGUUCAUGAUCCGUAUUGGCGUGUUCUCUGUUCUGUACCUGGUGCCACUGCUGACGGUGUUGGGCUGUUACCUGUAUGAACAGGCGUACCGUCCAGUGUGGGAGACCACCUGGGUACUGGAUCGCUGCCGAGAGUAUCACAUCCCCUGUCCUUAUCAGGUGGAUAAGACGAGCAGGCCUAACCUGGUUCUGUUCAUCAUGAAGUACCUGAUGGUGUUGGUGGUCGGCGUCCCAUCUGUGUUCUGGGUGGGCAGUAAGAAGACCUGCUUCGAGUGGGCCAGCUUUCUUCAUGGCCGCAGACGCAAAGACAGUACGGUGAACGACAGCCGUCAGGUCCUGCAGGAGCCCGACUUUGCUCAGGCUCUGUUGCGUGACCCCAAUACACCCAUCAUACGCAAGUCACGUGGCACGUCCACACAGGGCACAUCCACCCACGCCUCCUCCACUCACCUGGCCAUGUUAGAUGAUGUGCGCAGCAAAGCGAGCAGCGUCCACAGCAAGAUGAGCAGCUACCACGGCAGCCUGCAUCGCUCCUGUGACGGCAGGUACACUCCUACCAGCCACCGAGGCAUGGAGGAACGCCCGCCCUACGGGAGCAUGCCCCGCCUUAACGAGCAGCUAUCCCGUCACAGCAGCCUACACCGACUCGACAGCCAAUCACGACACAGCAGCGCACGGGACUUAAGCCAUCCUCCACCUACCAACAUUACACACGGCUCAAGCAUGAACCGCGUAGUGGAGGAGGAUGGGGCGAGUGCAUAAUUACUGAACAGCUCAGUUUACACACACUGCCCUCGGCGUCUGCUCCUGAACACACCGGAACAAGAGACUCCCGACUCUGCAGGUGCACAUGUGAAGACUGCACUCAAGCUAUACACAGUUUGUGUAUUUUAUUUGUACAGAAGAGCCUUUGGGGGAAAGUGUGUUGGUCCAUACUGCCAGUGGUACAUAAUAGAGCUUUGAAAGACUUUUUGAUACUGUAAAGUUCAGGUGAUGGGGCAAGUGAGUAACGUAAUAAAGCGUUAUUCUGCCCCCUGCUGAGGGACUGCAGACAUGUUUCUCACAGAUAAUGCUGUUUUGUCUUAGAUACAGUGUCUUACUUGCUGACUUGCAGCUUUUUUUCCUCACACGAUCAUUUCCACGGCUUUGUGCAUCUUUUACAUCUUAGCCUUCUUCAUGUUCAAGCACUCGAAGCCAAGCAUAAAGAUGAAGCGGGAAUUAAGACAAAUGCGACAGUACUUGGCAGUUAUGUGCCUCUGGCAAGCAAUUAAAUAUACAAGAUAAGGAUGAAGAAAGUAAAGGAUUUACUCACAGUAGCUCUUGUGAUGUGUAUGUCUCUGUAUGUUUAUUACAGUACUCCUCAGAAACCGCAAACCUGAAAACCUCACUUCCACCAGAUCCCUGCUGCAUCAGCCUACCUCAUCAUCCCAGAUCACACUAAACAUUCAACCUGUGAUGGCUGUCCUGUUCAUGAUGAUUAAGGAUUUUCAGACAGGGUUUCCACAGUGCAUUUGUUUGAACACAGGUCUGUAAUGUCAUGGAAAAGAAAAGAUUCACAGAGGUACAUGUGUAAGUGUAUUUUGUGCACACUACUGAUGGCAUGCUGCCUGUGGCGAGUGGGGUGGAAACAACUUGAACCAGAAUAUUGUGCUGUGUGAACACAUCCGGUUUAAAAACAAAAUAUACACAGAAGCGAGCGGUGCCACAACAGUGCAGAAGUGUGUGGUACUGGUACAGAUACACGAGCUCCGUUCUGCACACUUUAUGCAAAAAGCUUUGAACACACCGAUUCUGCCUGACGUUUCUGUUUCCGUAUGCAACGUGUGCUCCUACUGUAAGCAUGUAAAUGUGCAACACUGUAAAGUAUUUCUGGUACAGAAUUCAAAAUUGAAUACAUUAUUAUUUAUAUCAAGUUCUGAAUAUUUUCUAUUAUUUGAAGUUUCGUUUUUUUUUUUUU